AUGAUGGCAGGCGUUAAGGACUCGGACGAUACCCCACCAUUCUUACUGAUCCUGAAUCCAUACCGGACCGCUGGAAAAACACUUUUAGUCCCUUCUCAAGGAUCACGCCACCACGCCGGAAAACAUCCUGCGAAACACCCCCAAAUCCCUGCCCGGAUGUCAUUCCCCUCAACCUUCCGUGAAUUGAAAGAAGCACUCAGCAUCAUGAAACCCGGAAAAGCUCGCGGACCCGACAAUGUGCCCCUGGAAUUUUUUUCCAACGAUGGCCUCGAACUGAAGACUCGGCUAAUGCUCCUGAUACAGAAAAUAUGGGAAGAUAAAACAGUCCCCGAGGACUUUAAAAAUGCCAACAUUGUAACGAUCUUCAAAAAAGAAGACGGCCCACUCUGCGGAAACUAUCGUGCCAUCACCCUCCUAAGCAUUGCAGAUAGUAAUGUAAUUUCCUACACUUUUCUUUUCUUUUCUUUCUUUCUUUCUUUCUUUCUUUCUUUCUUUCUUUCUUUUUUCUUUCUUUCUUUCUUAUUCUGUUGCUAUCUCGCUUCAUUUCUCGUCUUCCGUUUUCUCUUCCUUAUCCAUUGUGGACCAGGAAAUGACAGCCGCCAUUAUCUCAGUGGUCACGUGAUAUCAAACGGCACCCACAGUGCCCCAAGUGAUGGUUACAUGGCAGUUGAAUAUCGUUCUUAUCAGAUCCGGCCUCAGACGAUGAAGCAACCACCGACCCGUCACUCCUCUUUCGUCUUUUCUUAUAUCAGUUUCCGCAGAGGCUUACUUAAGUCGUAG